AUGGCUCUGGCCGGAGAGCACAUUCCCCUGACUCUGUAUGAAUUACUCGUCGAAGCGAAGCUCAGUGAGUACUAUGAGCCUUUCCGGAACGAGCUCCAGGUCACCACGGCCGAUCAGCUCAAACUCCUCGAGGACCGGCACUACAACCAGUUGGGAAUGUCGAAAUUCGAACAGAGGAGGCUCAAGCGACACUUCGACAAGCACUUCUCGAAUGGCUAUCUCGGGAAGAUCCGACAGUUCCUGAUGGGGAAACAGCUCCCGAUUCAGGACCGGGUCCUGGGCCUGCCAGUACCGCCCUCGGAGCCCAGCGGGCCCCAGUACCUCAUACCGAGGUCACAGAUCAUCCUCAGCGAAACUCUCGGCUCCGGGGAAUUCGGCGUCGUGCGUUCAGGAGUUUGGAUGUCGCCGGUUGGAACUCGUGUGAACGUCGCCGUGAAAUGUUUAUCCAGGAUGCGGUUACAAUCGAAUGCCUCCGACUUUCUGGCCGAGGCAGCGAUCAUGCACAGCAUAUCGCAUGCGAACAUUGUCAAGCUGUACGGUGUCGUACAGGGGGGCCAAGAUCUCAUGCUCGUCACCGAACUCGCUCCGUUCAGGUCGCUAUUGGAAUGUCUGAAGGAACCGGCGUUCGCCAUACAUUCAUGCCCACGAAUCUUGUCAAACUUCGCCAUCCAGAUAGCCGAGGGCAUGGCCUAUCUGGAGGGCAGACGGAUGAUCCAUCGGGAUCUCGCCGCUCGUAACGUACUCGUGUUCGCUCGAGAUUUUGUGAAAAUCAGUGAUUUUGGUCUCUCUCGGGCGCUGGGAGUUGGCAAAGAUUAUUAUCAGACGAAUUUCAGCCAAAACCUCAAAUUACCGAUCGCGUGGUGCGCGCCAGAAAGCAUCAAUUUCCUGAAGUUUACGUCGGCCAGCGACGUCUGGGCCUUCGGCGUGACACUCUGGGAAAUGUUCAGCUUCGGAGCCCAACCGUGGCAGGAUUUCAACGGACAACAGAUCUUGAACGCCAUUGACGAACCAAAUUACCAACGACUCGAGCGACCCGAAGCGUGUCCAAGAGAAACGUAUAGCUUGAUGCUGAAGUGCUGGGCUCACGACACUUCGCACAGACCGACGUUCAAUCAAUUGAUCGCCCUAUUGAACUCGUCGAUGCCUGAACAGGUCCAGGCCCACACGGAUUCGCAGAACGCGUCGCGACAAAUCCGCGACUCGCUCGAAUUCCACCGCGGGGACGUCAUCGUCGUUCUGGAUAAAAGCACCCCCGAGGUCUGGCGGGGCUUCUGUUUGGGCACCGUGGGAUAUUUCCCCGCGUCGGCUACGGUUCCCUAUGAGUCGAACGCAUCGCUCGUCCCAGCGCAGUCGAAUGCUGUCCCUUUCGAUAAAGGCGAGCCCUGCAGGAAGUCGAAGCCCCGGAGACCUCAGAGGGACUCAAGUUCCGAUAUGACGCCUCUGUUGAGACAGUCGGUCACAGACGAAAGUCAAACGCCACCGGCAGCGCAACGCGUCGCACCCGUGAGCCUUGGGAACGCACUUCCAUCGAGACAUGAGUACCACGAGAUCAGCGAUGAAGACCUCAGCCCAUUCGACGUGGGCCCACCUUUAUGCGACGAGGUAUUCCGCGGGACCGAAGAACCAGAUCAACACGCUUUUGUCGUGGCGGCCCUGGCUAUGAGCUGUCGACAGAGGAAAGACGGGAGUACGUCUUCGACGUCCACCGUGAUGGAUACACGACCCCUCAUCAAGAACAAGAGUCCGGGACACAUCGUCAAACCGAUAUCGCCUACCGAUGAGCAGGCGAUCGAUACGGCGAUACAGAUCGCCAAGGACCUAGCCAGCAAAUCCCUCCAACAGGACCAGAGCCCCGUGGCGACCCCGACUCGGAAACACGGUCCGCGUUUCUUCAUUUUCAAUAGCAAGGGCCAUCAUCACGAGAAGAAAAACUUUUCCGAGAUGCUCGAGCACACCAGACAGAUCCAGGACGCGUUGCCCCGGGAAGUUACGGAUGUCUAUUCAGCUCUCGUAGAGAAAGGUGAAAUGACCUGUUGUCUGGAAGACAGUCCGCCAGCGGAUUCACGCACCUAUUCCAAUUGUGCGGAACUGACCGACCCUCCGCCACCGUUGCCACCGAAACCCGCCGUCAAAACCAAGACCGAAGGGCUUCGACACCACCGCCGGAUUCAUCCGUUGGUUCUCACGUUGCCCGGCUACGAGCAACAGGAUGCCAACAACAACAACACUUUCAAAGCCCCCGCCAACGAUGCGAGAGUCGUCCAGACUCUUCCGCGGCUACCGGCGCAAAUACCACCGAGACACGAGCCGGAAAGACCGAGGUCUCGUCCCACUUCACGGAGCAACGAGUCUCUGUUGCGAUCCUCUCCGUUGCAUUCCUUCGGCUCGUCCGAGAGUCUUCCGUGCAGGCCUGAAAUUCGCCAUUUCCGAUCGAUUGAGCCUCUUCUGGAGACUCGGAAUCGUCCCUCCAAUUCGACCCAGUCUCUGAGAGCGGAAUCGUCUCGGAGCUUCGAUCGAAUGGACAUCGGCGAUCCGACCGGAGCGAGACCGAAAAAGAAACUCGACAGACACGUCAGUUGCGAGGAUCUCCUCGACUUCAGCACCGAUCGGGCGGCUGCUCGAAGAACCCAGGGCAGACAACGCGGGACGGAUUCAGAUGAAGUACAUAUAAUGCAGAAGGUUUUGGCUUAUGAAAACCUUCCGUCCGUAGACUGCUUGACCGCUCUGAACAUCACAGAAUGGGACGUUCACAAAGCGAUAAAGCUAGCCAAACUCCGACUGCUCCUGGCGAAGCGGGCGGAAGGCGCCAAACUCGACGAGAUCCCCUUUUCAGAGACGAAGUCUGUUCUCGAAACGACGAAUUGGAACCUCGAGCAGGCGGUCCAGGCCAUAAUGGGCCUUGUUUAA